AGCAGAGGAGCGAGAAGCUACAGGAUGAGGAGAACGUCAGAGACCAUGACAACAUGACGGGCGAUCAUCUGGAACAAAACGAAAGAGUCAAUUCUUCCUCAUCGACUAAGCAACAUGCGGGUGUACCUAUUCUUUUUCGUUGCUUCGGCAAUGGGGAGCAAUUCGUG